AUCAUCCUCCACUUCAACUCCUCAGAUCAUGACUGACUUCGACAUGGUUUUGAAGUGCUGGGGUCCAGUGGAGGCAGACUACGCCAGCCAUGGAAACAUGGUUCUGACCCGUUUGUUCAAGGAGCACCCGGAGACUCAGGAGCUGUUCCCCAACUUUGUUGGCAUCCCUAAGGGGGACCUGGCCGGGAACGGAGCCGUUUCCACCCACGGCGCCACUGUGCUGAGGAAACUUGGUGACCUGCUGAAGGCCAAAGGAAACCACGCUACCAUCCUCAAACCUCUGGCCCACAGCCACGCUACCAAGCACAAGAUCCCCCUCAACAACUUCAGGCUGAUUACUGAGGUCAUUGUUCAAGUCAUGGCGGAGAAGGCCGGGCUGGAUGCAGCCGGGCAGCAGGCUCUGAGGAACGUGAUGGACAUCGUCAUCGCUGACAUUGAGGCAAACUACAAAGAGCUGGGCUACAUCGAAAAAUGAAAAUGAAUUUUGUCAUGUCGAGGUCAAAAGAAAAGACAAGAAAUAUUCUGCAUGCAAGUGCUUUUAAAGAAUAAAUGUAUAAUCUAUUUGAAUAAAUAAAUAAUAUGGCAUCACUAUAUAUUAGAGCUCCAGAUGUUGUCAGUUAAAAGUUCCAAAGAAGAUAAAAUGUAAUUUUGCACAACUGUAUUAGAUUGUGUUGCAUCGUCAAGGUUUACUGCUCUGUAAUACAUAUGGUUUUUAUCUGAACUCUGAUCUUGGACGUAAACAUCAAUAUUGGGUAAAGACUUAUCAAUUAAUACCAAUAAAACUCUUUGUUGUUCAA